CGACAGUAGCCAACAGCCUCUCGUACCCCAGAGGAAGAGGCACCUCCGCACGGUAUCUUCGGCAUUGACCCCCUCCCCAGCUUGCAGGAUGGAGUCGACGUUCCCUCGGCAUACAUCGGUCUGAUCGCAUUUAUCGAAGUAGAAAUAAUUGAUCGUCACGAUGGCGAACACGGCCCAUUUGGUUCGGAGGCAGAGCUCCAGGGAUCUCAAGCCUCAGAAGAGCGUUGAUCGCCUCGAGAUGAAGGAAAUGCGGGGAAGACUCGUUGUCGAGAGCAGGAAGACAGCUGCUACUGUCAGUUAUGGAGCCACCAAUGCCGGAUUCGAUGACUCCAGUCCAAACACCAAGAGCAAGGGUUCAAACACGGGGGAUGGCGGAGGUGCUAGUGGGGUCGGAGGCAGCAAACUGGGUAGCAACGAGGGCAAGGCAAUAUUUCGUCCAGAGGCUGGUGAGGAUGAGCGUGAAAACUGGGACAGCAAGUUAACAUUUCUGUUGGCCACUGUGGGAUAUGCUGUGGGGCUCGGUAAUGUCUGGAGAUUCCCCUACUUGGCACAGAAGAAUGGGGGUGGGGCCUUUCUCAUUCCGUACUUCGUCAUGCUCGCUAUCGAGGGGAUUCCCAUAUUUUACCUCGAGCUUGCUAUUGGUCAGAGGCUCAGGAAGGGCGCCAUUGGGGUCUGGAACCAGGUUUCACCCUUCCUGGGAGGCAUCGGUAUCAGCAGCGCUGUUGUCUCCUUUAACGUCGCACUUUACUAUAACACUAUUAUUGCCUGGUGCCUCUUCUAUUUUGUUCAAAGCUUCCAGUCCGAAUUGCCCUGGGCCACGUGCCCUAAUAAGUACUUUCAGAAUGGGUCUUAUGCCCCUGAACCAGAAUGCCAGCAAAGCAGCCCAACGCAGUAUUUCUGGUACCGAACCACCCUGAUGAUCUCCAAGGACAUAAACACUCCUGAGGUAUUCAACUGGAAGAUUGCCAUAGCUCUGGUCAUUGCCUGGAUUUUGGUUUACAUGUGCAUGAUCAAGGGAAUAGCUUCAUCUGGAAAAGUAGUGUACGUCACAGCCACUUUUCCCUACAUCGUUCUCAUCAUAUUUUUCUUCCGAGGCGUCACGUUGACAGGGAUGUCUGACGGCCUGCGGCACCUCUUCACGCCGAAGUGGUACACACUGACUGAUCCAGUAGUAUGGCUCGAAGCUGGCACCCAGAUAUUUUUCUCCCUUGGUUUAGCAUUUGGAGGAUUAAUAGCAUUUUCAUCCUACAAUCCAGUUAAUAAUAAUUGUUAUCGUGAUGCUAUUAUGGUCAGCCUCACAAACUGUUUUACAUCGAUGUUCGCUGGAAUCGUUGUAUUCUCAAUUAUCGGUUUCAAAGCGACGAUGGUGUACGAGCAGUGUCUGCGCGAUCGUAAUCAGACGGUAUUGAGUGUCUUUGGGCAUGUUGACAACAUACCGAGCAUCUUGCCCCCAGGUGGUACUCUAUUAAAUAUUACCAGUGGCAAUGGCACUCUUGAUAACAUAAUAAUGCCGGAGCUACCGGUAUGCGAUCUCGAGAAGGAGCUGGACAACUCUGCCUCUGGCACCGGACUCGCUUUCAUCAUAUUCACUGAAGCCAUUAAUCAGUUUCCUGGAGCACAGUUCUGGUCUGUUCUAUUCUUCCUCAUGCUGUUUACACUUGGAAUUGAUUCUCAGUUCGGUACUCUUGAGGGCGUUGUCACUAGCAUUGUUGAUAUGAAACUUCUCCCUAAUUUGAGGAAGGAAAUUCUCACAGGAGGAAUUUGCCUGGUCUGCUGUGUGAUAUCUAUGGCUUUCGCCCACGGAGCUGGAAGCUACGUUUUUGUUCUUUUCGAUAAUUUUAGUGGAAACUUUCCCCUAUUGAUUAUCGCCUUUUUCGAGUGUAUCGGAGUGUCCUAUGUCUACGGCCUCAAACGAUUUGCCGAUGAUAUUGAAUUGAUGACGGGCAAUCGUCCCGGCCUGUACUGGCUUAUCUGCUGGAAGUAUCUGAGUCCUUUAGCCAUGUUAACAAUUCUCGUAGCUUCGUUCGUUGAAAUCGUGACUAAAGGAACCGGCUACGACGCCUGGUUACCCAGCAAGGGCAUCACCGAGAGGCACGAGUGGCCCCCCUGGGGCAUGAUCCUCAUUGCCGUUUUAAUUUGCGCUUCAGUCCUCUGGAUUCCAGCUGUUGCAAUUUUCAGAUUCUUCGGGAUUCUCAUUAUCGACGACAAUGAGAAAGCCUGGUUCCCAGCUCAAGAUCUCAAGGAAUUCCAUGGAAUAGUGCCCCACGAGGUGACAGCAGCCGAGACUCUUCUUUUCUGCAUCAGGAGCGAUGGCUCGGAGGGCCUCUGCUGUCCUACAGGCGGCCCCAACGACGAUGACGACGAAGAUCUCACCUAGAACAGCCUCCGUCAGUCUCGGCUGCUCAAGCCAGACUAAAUCAGUAAAGCUCCCAUGUCAAGCGAGAAUUGCAAAUGGCUCUCCCCAGUUUACAUUACUCCUUAUGACUUUCCCCUUCAUCAUUUACAUGAGAGGAUUCACACUAUCGUAGGGUCAACUGUGUCAAUUACGCUGUGAAAAUAACUCGUUAGCGAUGCCUGCCUUGACUACCACGAACAAUAACACGUACAAAACAGAUUCCUCUUGUUGAACAGUGAAUUCUAUCGAAACCGAGUGCUCUCCCUAAAUAUCUCCCAUUUUAUUGUAAUUUCACUCGAUCUCGAGAUGAAUUCACAGCUUCAUUUAUCCACCAGGUUAAAUUUAUCAUUAAUCUCCUUCAUAACAGGAUUUACAUCCAGAAUUACAUUAAAAGUACUGAAGGCUGGAUUGAAAUAGAAUGAUGUUGCAUAUCGAGAACCCUGAUAUAGCAUAAUAAUUAAUUUAGCUUCGUGUGGAAAUAAACGGAGUUGAAGUAUUAAUCCUAGAAUAGGGGCCGUCCAUUGGGCUUAAUUAUCAUCUCAUAUCGUCAUUUUUCUGAUAAAUAUCUCUACAAGUCUAUAAUUUUUGAGAGAUUUACUUCUGUUUUUUUUUGUGGGGAAAACAAAAUUUAUGACAAUAAGCGAUACGGAUGGAUAACGACAAUAAUUGUUGAUUUGUUGGUAAUUGCACUGCACUCUCAGCACCGUGAAAUAACGAGGCCUAUUUAUCGAAACGAAAUGAUAAUAAUUACGCGUGUUUAAGCUAAUGUUAGGUGCAUUGAAUUGCUUAAUCGUUGGAUUUUAUUUUUUCCUUGAUUUUUUUAAAAUGAUUUGGUGAUCGUUGCACGACCUACAGUCGCUCAGCUAUUGAUCUUCCCUCAGCGCAUCUAGACUACAUAUAUCUGAUUGUUACAGUACAUAUCCUCUGAUCGUUACGUAUUUCAUAUAAAUUAUACAACCCGAAAACGACAAAUGCGAGAAUAUCUGAUAAAGAGCUAAGACUAUAUUGAGACUGGCGUGUGUUGUACAAAAAAAAUAACAACUGCUCUGACCGAAACACUUGAAGUUUCAUGAGCCAAUUGAAGAGAGUGGAGAGUUGCAUGAAAUAAUUUUAGAGGGAAAGAUAUGGCACUCGCUAGAAAAUUUUCUAGAAUUUCUGGAGACUGUUCAAUUAGUUUUUCUCUAAUGGAAGAAAUUGGAUGGGAAUUAAUCAAUUGGCUUUUCCGUGCAGUAUUUUCUAUUGGAGGUUUUUAUCGAGGAAAAGGCGAGAGGAAUUUUCCAAUUGAAUAAUUUUGUGCGCGAUUUCAAGAGGUAACAAAACCUGAAAAUGCUGGAGUAAUGAAUAAUCUGAAGACUAUUGUUAAUCCGUAGGAAUAACCUAAUGAGAUAAUUGUGUUGCUUGAAGACGUUCAUAGACUUCUCCUUAGUGAUCUGGUAAUUUUGGUAGAAAGUAAUAUUCAGUAAGAUUGUAAAUAGUUUAAGAUUUCAUGCGCACAGUGAGAAUAAUAAAAUGUAUUCAAUUUGCAGUAUCUCAUAGGCGUAAAGAGAAAACAUAAGCGUGACAGGCCUUCCAAGUGGUACACAAACUUAAUUCUUAAUUAGUUGGAAUCGACGAUCAGACAAUAAUUUUUGUUGAGAGUGAAGAGUCUAUUAUCCAUAUCUUAUUCAUAUCUUAGUUAUACAUAUCUUGAAUCGGGUUUAUUAAAGGACAAUAAUUUAUAGCGUGUAUUCAGGGGAUUAUUAUCGAGAUAAAUAUACUGUUGCUUAUGGAGAAUUUGAAUUUCUGUUUCUUGGGCCAGAUUAUAAGUAGCUUAUUAUUGAUGAUUAUUAACGAUUGGUUAAUGAACUAUACGAGUCGCAUAUUUAUACGUAUAUUAUAGAAGUCCAUCUGAGGCGAUACAUAAUUGACAAAAACCUAUUAUACAAUUAACAUUAUGUAUACGCAAAGCUGUACAUAUAUAUUGUUGUCAGUUGAAUGUUGAAAUAAAUACUGUGAGUGAAGAGCUCGUUUUUUUGUCCAGACGGUACCGUAUUUCCGUUAUGCUCCAGCUAGGCCGGGACCGAUGCAUGACGAUGGACGAUGUUAUACGAUUUUGUUUCAGAUGAAGCAAUUUUUCGUACAUUCCUCCGCAGAGAGAAAAUCUGUGAUAAAUUACCUUUGCAAUCCCUAUCAAGUCGAUUAUCAGAAGAUGCUGGAGUAGACAUUUAUGUCGUAAAUUCACUCAACUACCACAAGUCCUUUAAUGUUUUCACCCUGAAAUAAAUCAAUAAUUAAGAAAAAUUGUAAAUACGGUUGACUUCCACUUUAAGAAUUUGCUGGUGAGUCAUUUUUAGCAAGUUUACAAAAUUAAAUUAUGAAUAAAUAUUAUUGUAAAGUAUUUGUGGAGAGCUGCGGUAAUGAGUUCUGACGAAGUUGAAUGAGCUGGUGGGCGUAUGCGUGGAUAUCAGAUCAGAUUCUACACCAUCACGGCCAUCACUGGAGACAAACAAUGUGUUUAUUGUCUCUCAUACACAUCCACCACUGGACAUGUCCCUCAGACGGUUUCUUCCGGUCGUGGGCGCAAUUAAGCAUAUUUAUUUUCAAAUGUUUAGCACAAUUUGCCAAUUAGCUUAUACCAUUUCCACCGAGUUGAAGAACAUCUCAUAAAAAUAUGAAGUGGAUGCGACGCCCUACUCUCCAACUUCGAUGUCGUCACGGUUUC